AUGCCGGUCACGUUUGGUGCCGUAGGCGACAUCAUCUCCGUCGUUUUGCUUGUGAAAGAUCUAGUCGCAGCGCUCGACGAGGCCCGCGGCUCCAAAGCAGAGUACCAGGCCGCCGUACGCGAGCUUUGGACUCUCGACCGUACGCUCCUCGAAAUUGAUUUACUUACUAGACAGCACGGGGAUGGAGCUACGCCUGAGUUACGGAGUCUCUGCGAAACAGCAAAGCAAGCCGUAGCUAGAUGCAAUGACCGCGUCAGCGCCUACAAGAAGCGCAUCCAAGGAUACCAGCGCGCUUUUGCAGUCGGCAAAGUGAACAGAGUCAGGGAGAUUGGAAGAGCGAUUGGUUGGAGGACUGGAGAAAAAGAAGCGCUGGAGCAGUUUCGCGCAGAGAUCGCGGGGACGACGUCAAGCCUGCAGAUGCUGUUGAUCACGGCCAAUGUCACGUUACUUGGGGUGAGUCGAAAAGAGAUGAAUGACAAACUCGACGAAGCAAAGCGCAGGAACGACAGGGCGACGCUCUUGCAUGAUGCAUCACUCAUACACAUCAGAGACGGCAUUGAGAAUGCUAACCGCAAUAUCGAAGCUGCCAACUCGAUAUUGGGGAACGUAUCCGAAGCACUCAAAUUAGAUUGGCUCCGAAAGCUUGGUUCUGAGCUCAAAGGCAUGAUACGAGGCGCGAUGACGAUCAACUUCGCAACUUACCAUGCUGUUAUGCGCCUGCAGACUUCACUUCCCAGCUACCUAGAGCGAAGCAUGUUCGAGGAGCCAAUAAUACUGGACGAUCCCAUGGGUCGUAUCGCGCCUGUCCAUCUGCAAUUCAUCAACUCUUGGGAUGCUUUCCACUCCGUUCUUGAGCUGCGUUUCCAGGACAUGCCAGGUCAGAUCAAGAUUGGACGAAGGCAAUACGCCUUACAAGCCCGAGGUACGGGAAGAGAGAUCGAGUUGUCGCGCCCAUGGCACGCUGCGUUCAUACCUGGUCAGCGAAUUGACAUGAGCUUCAUCUUCAGUCAGGAUGACGCUAGCGAGAGCAGUAGCACUACUUGUCCAGGAUGCCGGACCCCAUCAUCAUAUACCACUGAUGUCGAUAUACACUGUACAGAAUGUCAGAUGUUCUUUCGGAGGAUUACCGUGAUUCAGGACGACGAAUCCCCGCUACAAGCCGAUCAACAUACGGGAGAGCCCGACUUGCGAACGGGAGCUACAGCCACCGGUAGUCGAAAACGAGAUAUAUAUCAACUCAAUGAGCGCGAGGAAGAUGACGUUAGAAGCUUCAAGCGAGUGCGACUCAUCUCCAAAAGAAAGCGUGCUGGUCAACGCCGACGCUUUCCACCUGGAAUGGUUGAGCCGCAUCAAGAAUUGGACGAUGUCAUGGAUCUAUUUGGAUCAAUGAGUGGACGUUUCACGCACCUUCGAGCGCAAGUCGAUCGAUUCCACGCCCAGGUCAACAAGAAAACAGUCGAGCAAGAACUGAAAGGCGGCGAGGAAUUCAGUCUCGAACGGCCACUGGCGAAGCCACGGAUGAUUCGCAAGAAAUGGCCCCAAAACGAUCAGAUCAUCCACCCUGGGAGCCACAACCAGAAUCAGUCAAGGGCGCGCUACGAUCUGACUAAGAGUAUGGUUCGUAUCUCCAAAGUUGAAGACGAAGGCUUGUAG